CGACCAAUAGUGGGGCAGGGUUUUCGUCGCAGAAAGUUGGCCAGGCGGACGCUCAAGAAGGAAAGAGGUUCUUGCGUUUUUCUGGGGGUGCGACGCCGCCAGCGUUGGUUGCCGCGCGUGGAUCGUCGACUGCCUGUGCGCAUUUCGUUUCGCGAAAACCUCGGUGGCAUCACUAGGGCUUGUGUGUGUGAACACUGUGUGUGAAAUCUCUGCGACACAUUCGCUUUGGAUAACCGGCACGAAGCAGCGACGACCACUUGGAUCUAACGACGACUCGCGGAGCUCGCACCGCCAUUUCGGAUACUUGAACGCAACGAGGUGGGAUAACCUGUACGCCAGCCCCCAGGCGCCUCAUCCGGGGAGUUAUAAGGGAUAUCCCACCAACUGUACACCACUACGAGCAUCGCCGAAGCGCCCGGGCACGCCCAAAUACCCCGCGCCACUCCGCUGUACACCAGUGCAGCGGGCUCGCGCGUGCCGCAUCGAAAAAGACGAGAAGAGAGCGAGAGAGAGAGACGGAAGAAAAAAAAAAAGAAAAGGGCAGGCUUCCCAGGACCCCGCCAGGAUUAUGAGCCAACAGCCUGAGCAUGUGAAGAUGGUAGCGGUGAAUUAGUGAAGAGGAGGCAGGCCUGCUGCACCCAACGGGAUCAUGGUUUCCACGCAGACUGCCAUGCCACCGCCCGCACCACCGCCUGCCGUAAGCUCACCCAUGAAUGCCCAGCAGCAGCAGCAGCAGCAACAACAGCAGCAGCAACAGACUCAGCAGCAGCAGCCACAACAGGUUGUGGUCAGUUCACAGCCCAAUCUGGCAUCGCCCACCUCUGUGGCCGUGACCCAGGUUCCCAACCAGGUCACCAUGACCACUAGCGCCCACCUGCAGCCUCAGCAACCACAGUCACCCAUCGGUGGGCACAUGCCCCCGCACUCGUCGACAUGCACUGUCAUCCCCCAACAGGCGAUCCAGAGCAUGACCCAGUCACAGUUGCAGCCCGUGCAGGUGAUCCAGCAGUCACUACCUAACCACUACCUGCCACAACUGUACUCGACUCAGCAGCAGAUGCUUUUGCCAGGCAACCUCGCCAUACAGCAGCACAGCAUGGGCGCCCUGCAGGGCCUGAACUUGCAGCUGCAGAGCAAGGCCCACAUGGACCACACGAAGCAGGGUGGGGCAGGGGGACCGCACGGGACGACCACCAUCAUCCCAGCCGUGUCCAUCGCAAGUGUGAACCCAGGAGGCAAGGGGGUGACCAUCAGCAGCGCACCAACGUUGGUGACCACCAACUGCCACAUGAUGAGUGCCGCUGGCAAACCCUGCCUUCCUACUGGUCAGAUGAUCCACAAGGGCACCACGGUCAUGGGCCACGGUGGCUAUCAACUGCCAUCUACCAGCACAAGCCAGCAGACGCUGGUCAUCAACCCUCUGGGACUCAUCUCGAGCCAGAGCAUCCUCCCAGCUGCCAAUCAGGCCAAGCAGAUGGAUGCUAACAAGGCCAAGCCUUUCAUGGUAAAGCAUGCUUCCUUGAUGUCCCAGAAGGUACACACCCCUACCUCUUAUGCUCAGGUGAUGAGUCAGCAGACACCACUGCAGCCAAAGUCACCGCUAAUGGCCAACACAAUAAAUGCCCAGGGAUCAGGCCAGAUGACCACUGCUCAAGUGAUCAACACCAACCAGUUCAAGCAGCUCUCCCAGAACAACCCUCAGAUCAUCUCCAGCCAGCAGCCCACUGUCAUCAGCCAAGCACAGCUUCUAGGCUCGCUGCAAGCUCUCAACGCCACGUUCCCGCAUGGCAUUACGUGGGCUCAGCCAGGGCAGCUGCAGAGCCCAACCCUGCUCACCCAGAACCCCAUCUACAUCCGGAGCCAGCAGUCGGACGUCUUCCUGCAGCCUGGACCCCAGCAGGCCCUUCAUGCCCUGCCUGUGGCUACUGCUCAACCCACCGUAGCUCAGGCACAGCCCCAGGCCCAACCCCAGGCCCCCCAGCAGCCCACUGUGGCACUGGCUGCCGCCCCUCCCACGCAGCAGCCGCAACCGAUCCAGCAGCAGCCAUCCAAGCCCAAGCAGGUUCGUCCAGCCAGCUCAGUUGCUACUCAGACUGCCACCUCAACUUCUGUCACCGUCAACUCUCAUGUCCUCCCGGCACGAACACAGGCCAAGCCGAGGAUCAGGGCGCAGACAAACCGCACUUCCCCAGGUCCUGGGCAGCAGCAGAACAUGAUCCACACUCAGACGGCCAACACACAGACACAGACGUUUGCUGUGCCAUCUCCGCAACAGCAGACGACUGCACAGCAGCAGCAGCAGCACCAUCAUCAUCAACAUCAGCAGAACCUUCAGCACCCGCACACUCACCCUCACCAGCAUACUGCUCAGUUUCAGCAGCAGAUCCACCAACAGAUACACCAGCAUCAGCAGCAACAAAAAGCCGAUGCAGCCAAUCAGACAACAGUUGCCCAGCAGCAGCAAGCACAGCAACAGCAAGCACAGCAGCAGCAAGCCCAACAGCAGCAAGCCCAACAGCAGCAGGCGCAGCAGCAGGCACAGCAGCAGGCACAGCAGCAGGCACAGCAGCAGGCGCAGCAGCAAGCGCAGCAGCAAGCACAGCAGCAAGCGCAGCAGCAAGCACAGCAGGCACAGCAGCAAGCACAGCAGCAGGCCCAGCAGCAGGCCCAGCAGCAAGCGCAGCAGCAGGCGCAGCAGCAACAGCAACAGGCACAACAAGUGCAAGUGCAGGUGCAACAAGUGCAGCAGCAGCAGGUGCAACUUGCACAACAUCCAACCCAGCAGCAACAACAGCAGCAGCUCCAUCACCAUCACCACCACCAUCACCAGCACACUCCUAUUCAGCCACGUAUUCUUCCCGAGAUGAAGAGCACAUCCACUCAAAGCACAGUGAAGACAUCAGGCAUGGUGAACAUUGAGCCAAAGCCAGCCAACAUGCAGCCCAACCUGUCCCAGAGUCACCAGCAGCAGUCACAGGCUCAGAACACAAACAUGGCGAACCACGGAACACCUGGCCAUGCCACCACUGCCAAUACUCCUGUCCCGAGCGCAGCUCCCUCUCACUCCACGCAAAGCCACCCUAAUGCCAGUCACAGCACGCCCAACCACUCAAUCACAGGUCACUCGACUCUGGGCCGUGCAGCAACACCCACCAAUCAUGCAGCGUCGCCAAGCCACCCAACAAGCAAUGUUACAGUGACACCCAACCAUUCUCCUUCCAUCCACGUCAGUCUUCCUAGCUCGACAGCACACGGAAUCACCAGCCAUUCUGGUCCGUGCCACACAGCUGCCGGUCAUAUGACUUCCACCCACGUGUCCGUGACGCCUACAUCGGUGACACACACGUCAAGUACCUCACAUUCGACCAUGGUCCAUGCGCCGGUGGGAGGUCACAUUGCUGCUGCUCACAUGCCGGGACCUCACAUGACCAACCACCACUUGACUGGCAAUGCUGUGUCCGGAGGUCUCAGUGUUAGCAGCCAUGUCGCCGUUGCACCUCAGCAGAAGGCAACUGUUGGUGUGCCGUCUCCUCCAGUGGCAGCACCACCACCAACAACUGUCAAGGGGUCAGCCGAAGAUAAAGUUGAGGUUUCGGCUCCCCCAGAAGCAGCCAUGCCGUAUGACAAGCAAGGCGGCGAGUCUGGCCAGAAGCCUGAAGCCAUGACCAAUGGCGGUGCGGUGACGCCUCAGAUGACCAUGUUAACGGCAUCAGAGCCUGUUCGCCAAAUCUCCCAAAAACCGGUGGUCAAGCCUAAUGUCUUAACACAUGUCAUAGAAGGGUACAUCAUUCAAGAGGGACCUGAGCCAUUUCCGGUCAGCCGCUCAUCCCUUGUUGCUGAAACUGAAUCGCCUAAGCCCUCUGUGGAGACGAAUGGAAAAGCAGGGAAUGAUGAAAUUCAGCACAUUGCUCAAGUUCCUCCUUCAGAGGCUGAGCCUCCUCCUUCGAAGGUCAUGGCUGCUGGGCCGGACCGGGUGGAAUUGGCCAAGUGUGAGAUGUGCGGCAAGCUAGGCACAAAGUCAAAGUUCAAAAAGUCCAAACGCUUUUGCUCGUCGUCAUGUGUCAAGCGUUAUAACUUGGCAUGCUCUGAGCGGCUCGGCAUAUUUGCCUUCACCUCGGAGCCUGAAAAUGAGGACGAGCUCCCAGGGAGAGUAACUAAGAAGAAGAAAAUGGGAAGAAAGAACUGGCGAAAAGUUCAAGGAAAUCACUUCAACGAAUACUCAUCUGAAAAAUGGCCACACCAGCAACAGCAGCAACAGCAGCAACCACAGCAACAGCAGCAGCAGCAGCAACAGCAGCAACAGCAGCAACAGCAGCAACAACAGCAACCACAGCAAGCACAGCAGCAGCAGCAGCAGCAGCAGAAAGAGGAUGUUUCCCAGCCACAGCAGCAGCCGCAAGCACAGCCACAGCCACAACAGCAGCAGCAGCAGCAGGCUCGAAGCAAAGAUGUCAGCAUGGACAGUACUGAGCCAGCCAAAGAAGAUGCCAGCACGCCCAUGGAGACAGCUGCGAGUGCCUCGGUGCCCGAGCAGUUGCUAAGGCCUGAGAGCUCAGUUGAGUCGCCUGCGCCUGCCCCACCUGUGGAGAUGGAAGUGGAUGCACCAGAGCCAGUGCCAGUCUUGCCAAGCAAAAACCCAAGGAGUUGGACGGUGCAAGAGGUUGCCGACUACAUUCAAGAGCUUCCAGGCUGCACUGAUUACGCAGAGGAAUUCCGCUCCCAGGAAAUUGACGGUCAGGCGUUGCUUCUGCUCAAGGAAGAUCACUUGAUGACAGCCAUGAACAUCAAGCUUGGCCCAGCUCUCAAGAUAUGUGCCAAGAUCAAUGCCUUGCGAGAAGAACAGUAGCGCACGCAAAUUCAGACAGCCUCUCACACCGCUUGUGUUCGGACUGUGUUAUAUUUUUUUUUCCUCCUUGUGCUCAAGACAAGCUCUCCAAAAUCGAACUGUGCCGUGUAGAGUCAUUUCAGUUGGUUUGAGUGAGCAUCAAUAAGUGUAGUCAGCUAUGUGUGUGAUCACUGUAGUGUGUAUGUAGGUUGAUUCUGUGAUUUUGUGGAAAACGUGGAGUGGAUCCCUCAGUGAGACACUGCGAACAGGUGUGAUCAAACUUUGAGGUGGCGAUUUUGCACCGUGUUGGUUGUGCUUUGUGGACUUUGGUGCAUGAAACGCGAGAGGGCAAGUUCAUCCUCGCAUCACAGUUUUUCAUCGACAGAACUUUUUCAAGCUGCGAGUUGUGUUCUGGGACGCCGUGUACGGACACUCAUGUUCCUUUAAAGCAGGCUUGAGUGUGCUGUUUUAAGGUUUUCUUCUAGUAACUCACUUGGAAAAGAAGCAUGUUCUUACUGGACAUUAUCCAUAUGAAGCUAUGCUCUAUCAUCUCCACAUGAUAUCUGUGAAUUACGAUCACACAAUAAAGGAGGCUGAAACACGUGCAGCUUGACGAGCCAGGACACUGUGCAAACUGACCAGAUUCACCUACUGCUUGCCGUGUGCAAGGACGUGCGUAAGCUGCACUUCCCAUUUCUUACAGCAUCUUUCUGCCCCUACUGUUGUGAGUGUGUGAAUUCUUAGAUGACAUUCCCUGCGCCCUGUAGAGUUCCCGUAGCGCACAGCUGCAAUGUGGGUGAAUGGUCGCUUAUAUUUAAUUUAUUGUUGACCCACGUAAAAAUUAUUGUACAUCCUGGUUCAGAGUUGAAAGAUAGAUCCUAUUCAUUUAUGUGAUUUUGUGUGAGAGGUGGUGAAGUGUUAGUUAUUAAGCUCACUGCGUGAUUCGCGGCAAGAGCCAACUGUAAAUCUCAUCAUAGCUGGGGGAGUGAAGCUAACCAUGCCUAGCAGUGAGCAUCUCAUGUACAAAGUUUAGCGUGUCCAUUGCAAGAAAGUCCUCUGGUUAGUUUUUUAGCGAUGUGCGUAAGUGUGCGUGCCUGCUUGAGUGUAAGAGAACACAUUUAGUGGUGACGUCAGUUUGUGUAAGAUACCGACCUGGAUAUUUUUCUUCAUAACUGGUGAGGCAAUCUCUGUAUUCCAUGAUGCCUUGGAGCAUAUGAUGCCUGUAGCCUGAAAAUCUGUUGAUUGGUUGUGUAUGCUUUCUUUGUAAGCAACCUUUCUUUGUAAGCAACUAUCUUUAAUGUAGGAAAGCAGAAUGAAUGUUUUUACAUUUUGUUUGUUUCUGCAGCUUGCCAUGUGAAGCUGCAGUGCUGAGAUUCAUACUUAUAAAAUCAAAUAUUUCAUAUUUAUUUGUCAUGCUGGAAGAACCACUGUGUAAUUAUACUUAAAGUACUUGCCCAGAUGUUAAUAAAAAGGCUGUAUCCUCA